AAACAGUUUACUGAUCAAGACAAGGAAACGCUUCUUGUUGAGGCAGAUGCCUCACGAUCGCGAUGGCCGAUAGGAAUGAUUUGGAAAAGAAGAGGAAAGCCUAUGAAGAUGCAUUGCAAAUACAUGACAAUAUAGUGGGAAUAAUUGAGAACUAUGACGAAGAACCAGAAAAUAUUCUGAGAGCCAAAAGAGCCAUGCUACAUUAUAUAUGCCAGGGAAUGGAUCCAAAGGAAAAAGAGUUUAGAAAAAAAGUUAAUAAAUUGGUACGAGGAGAGGAUGACAUACCACGCCAUGAUGAUGUAUAUAAGUUUGAAGAGGACCAGGAUAACCAAGACAGUACAGAUGGAGAAAAGAGUAGUUACAAGGAAGGUAGAGAUGUUACUGACAGUGUUCCCAGAGACAGUGGGACAAAGGACAUAGGAAAAAGACACCCAGACACACCCCAGACAGAUAGGGGCACAGAAAACACAGAUCAGGAACCACGAGGCACAGCUGAGACAGAUAGGGACACAGAAAUCACAGAUCAGGAACCACGAGGCACAGCUGAAGAUGAUUUUCGAUAUACAAUAGGAAAGCAACGACGUCUUGCUGUUUAUAUUGGUGUUAGACAAUUUGAAAAAAGAGGUAGUGAUGGGGAAAGUGAUGGGACAGGUGUAUAUGAUGAUACAAUGAAUAGGGAACGUGAAGAAAAGAGGGAUAGAAGUGAGGCACGACUAGCUUUGAAAUCCCUAGGCUUUACCUUUAAACGCAAUCCUACAAAGGAAACUACAAAAGAGAAAGUUGAUAAAUUUAUUGAAACAGUUUUGACAGAUGAUGAAAACAAGAAAGUGGAUAUCAUUGUUGUACUGAUCAGCUCACACGGAGAGGAAGUCAAAGAGCAAGAUGAACACAGCAAGGACAAAAAUGUUCUUCGUCAUCGUAUUUUGUUGGAAGACAAGUAUUUGUACACGGACGAACUUUUGAAACGAUUCAAUACAAGUGCAUUAAAAGGCAUACCCAAGCUAUUCUUCAUCCAGGCAUGUCGCUCAGGAUUUGGUGCAAAGGAAGAAGAUGUUGUGGAUAAAGGUGUGGGAAUUUCUGUCGAAGUUCAAGGGAAUUCUGAAUUAGAAAAAGACUUGGCGGCCAGCCGAAGUAAUGGACAUAGGGACAUAUCUGAUGCCAGACCAAGGAACCUAAAACCAAAAGUUACAACAGCACCCCAACCAGGCACAGAAGUGGCAGACGACACAAAAGAGGCCAAUACACGAGCAAACGUCCCUCAUGUGAAGCCACCCGUGGAUACACCACCAGAAGGAGACAAGACAGUUAACAGCCGUGAUGAUGUUAAAAGCCAUAAUGACGUAUCAGAUGCCAGACCAAGGAAUCAAACAUCAGGUUUGACCAAUCCACAAUCAUCUACACUGGAACCCAUACAAAAUGCAGGAGGGGCUAAACCGCUUAUAGACAUCGCUACAGAAUCUGAGGAAAAACAAUCCAUGGAUACCCCUGAAGUAAAAGACAACUCAGUUGCCAAAAAGACAUCAGAUUUAGCUGAUGUCAGACAACCAAAACCUGAUGUUGAUACGACACUUCAGGUUGUUCCCCAGCAGGAAAUCCCGUCCAUAACGUGUAUCGAAGACAGUUUGGUUAUGUUUGCUUCAGCACCAGGAAAAGAGGCAUACAGGCGAUCAAGCGAAGGUGGAUGGAUGAUGCAAUCAGUUAUUAAGGAACUGGAAAGCUGGCCAUCACAUCCAGACCAGGACUUGUUACAGGUUCUUACCAAAGUUAUUGGUAAAAUUGCCAUUGAAAAUGAGACAGAUAAGGGCUACAAGUCAGCAGCUUGCCUCACCCACAUGUUGAUCAAGGAUGUAUAUCUCUGUUAGAGGAAAUAUAUCAAAGCUAUGGGACACAAUCCCAAGUGCCAUUUAAUUUUAUGUUGAUAAAAGGUGAAUAAAUUAACAAUAAGGUGAGUCACUCAACACAUAGAUUUAUAAACAGUGAUGUCAUUGUCUUUAUGUAUGAUUGGAUAGAUAUGAUGUUUAUAGUAUACAAUUUUGUAUACUGUGUUAGUACAAUGUUCAGAAUUGUAUAUAUGACUACAGGUACUUGAUGAAUUAAGAUGUUAUAAAUGAUUUUGUAUACAUCUAUAGCAGGACUGGAGUGGGUCGAUCGCCAGCGACCAGACGGUUUAGUUGGUUAAAGCAUCCGUCUAGAGUUUGGAUGGUCCCUGGUUCUAAUCUGGUCUGUCUAUGUAUUUUCCCACUCUUGUUACCUAUGGCAACCGACACAACAUACCAGCAGAAGUUGUUAUAGUGUCUCUUGUAUCUUCGGGGUUGAAGAAUUUGUUAUUGUAACUGAACUGGACUGGGUCGAUUACUGGUGACCAGGUAGCUCAAUUGGUUAAGUAUUCGUCUAGAGUUUGGAGUGUCCCAGGUUCCAAUCCUGGUCGGGUCGUACUUUUUCCACUCCUGUUACAUAUGUUACAAAUUAACAUAGUUACCUGUAUUUCUACCAACAUUAAAUAUUUGCCAAUAUGUUCGUAAUGACAUUCAUUAAGUAUUUAAUGGUGUAUAUGUGAUUGUGUAAGUAUGUAGAAUAUCUGAUGUGCAGAUAUGUUGUGUACAUUGAUUGUAUGUAUAUUUUACCACAUUGUAUAUAUAUAACCUGAGUUACCUUAUGAUCAAUGCACAGUAUACUACAUUGUAAUAAUGCUUGAGUACAUUGUAUAUACAUUAUGCAAUAUAACAGUUUCACAACAUUGUAUGGUGUGUAUUAAGUGUAUUAGCAUUGUUUAUACGAUUGUGAAGGUUUAUUAUGACUUACAUUUGUUUGUGUAGGCAUGUUAUAAUUAUAAAGACCAUACAGUAGUUUUGUAUAUGAUAAGACAAAGGUGCUGAUGUCUGUCUGUAUUGCAGGGAAAUAGGCUGGUCCCAAUUUAUUAAAGAAAGAAACUUUUGACACAAUGAUGUUUUCCCAAUUUUUUUAAGAAUAUUUUUGUUUUAUUAAUCUUGUUGUCAACCUGAAAUCAAACAUUAAACUUCAGAUUGCUGAACCAUUGCUCAAACCGAUUGAACGAUUUGGUUGAUGGAACUGUCCUUGCCCAGUUGUUCUACAGUUUUAAGAUAAAGUUUGAUAUAUAACAUGAUACAUGUCCAUACAUUUUAUCAUACAGACUGUUAAAUACUUUUAAAUUCAGAUCUAUGGCGAGUUUUUUAAAAAAAUCAAAUAUACUUCAUUAACGAUUAAAAACAGAAAUAUAUUUAGAUUAUAUACUACAAAGAAGGAUAUGGCAGCUCUGCAGUAUAUAAUAUGCAUUUCGUGUUGAUCUCAAAUUCCAGUUAGUGUCAUAUCUUCAUUGAAAAGCAGCAAUAUCAUUCUCCUCAUCUUUCACCCAUCAGCUUUAAUCAAUUAAUAAACCAGAUUUCCAGUAGUUCUAUAUUAAUUCCAGUAGUUCUAUAUUAAUUCUUGGUUUAGCAUUCCCUUCAUCAUUUCAAUGAUAUUAUGUUGAUUAUUUCCUAACAUUGGUUUUGUCACCAAAUAAUAUUCGGAAAUAUAUGUUUUUGUAAGCAAGUAAAUGUUUUAUAUAUUGCUAAACUGAAUUGAUGUAUGCCGAUAUGCGCAC